ACAAGGUUACUUUAUUCGAGGUUUUGUGCCGCUGUUUAGUUUUUCAGAUUCUUGCAAAAAUUGUUGCGUAGCGUAGGCCUGACCAACAUCAUAAGAUAUGGUUUGGUGUAGAGGUAAAUACAGAACAAUGGCUAGGGUAGAAAAAUACCAAAGUAGGCCGAAGAAUGGUUUUGUCACCGUCUUGACAAGUGGUACAGCCUUUUGAGUCAGCCAAUUGUGUGCACAGGUCAUGUAUUGGAGCGUGCUAUAGAGAGUUUUGCGAACAAGAUUAGGCCCCUUUGAUUCGGAGACUAUGGGUUCAUCGAUGCUGUCAUCGUCUUGGAGCCGGCACACAACUUGGCUGUAUCAAGCACAUUAACAAUGAGACAUAGGCGCGGGUUGACCGGUAUAUUCGCUUGCCGAAGUUAUUACGCUUAUACAAGGAAAGCAGGUUUUACUGGUUCUAGAGCGUGCAGGAAAGUUGAGACAGGCAAUAUUCGUUUGUGCCGGUUGGACUACUGCUGAGGGUAAAAAAUGGGGUCAUUAUUUAAUACGUCCAAGGCCUCAAGUCCGGGGGUAGUAAGCGAUGGCACGGCUACUUUUUGUGUGCAUCUAACUCAUGUACACUCAAGUAAUAGCGUGUACAUGGACAACGAAUCUUGGUCAUUUAUCAUUUAUCAGCACCAAUUAUUUUUAAAAUAAUUUCUUACGGUUUUCACACAUUAGGGGCCUCAAAUUUGCGCAAUCAACCGUAGUUGGUCGAAGUCACCAAAAAUACGAUGUUGUCACUCGCGAAGGCUACAUUACAGUGUUUGGCUGGUAAAGUUCAAUUUUAUUGUACUGCCCCAAAAAUGUCUAGGCCGCAGCUUAUUCAUUCGAGGCGUCUCAGGCGUCAGGAGCGGACCAAGGAACGUCAAUCGCAACUUAGACCACUGACAUCUCAGACAUUAAAGUAUUUGAUUCAAAAUCAGCGAUUACCCAGUAAAAAAAAGAAAAUUUCAAAGUCACAUGCUCUUGUUCAUAAGCUCGUAUCUAUCUACCCACCACCCCAGGAAUGGGAUGAAAGGAGAUUAAGCAAUAAAGAAUACAGAAAACAGAAACUUGGAGUAGAGACGCGAAAAUUGGCAAAAUACUGGGGCGUCAUUCCAGAUGUGAUUGAUUCGUUCACUCCAUCUGUCAAUCUGUGCGUGCAAUACCCAGAUGAGCGUAUCGUCUACCGCGGAAACAUAUUAAAACCGGAAGAGGUAAGAGAAAAACCGAGUGUGACAUUCUGCUCUCCUAGCCGAGAAUCAUAUUGGACUAUUUUGAUGACGGAUCCUGAUAUUCCGUUCAAAAAAUCCCCGACUGAUCAGUUUAACCAUUACACAAUCGUCAAUAUUCCUGGAAACUCUAUCGAAAAGGGACGCAUCUUGGCCGACUAUCUCCCUAGUGCCCCUCCCUCUGAAACUGGAAAACAUCGGUAUAUCUUUUUGCUGCUAAAACAGCUCGAUGGAGAAACAAAUUUUGAUGAAAACCUUAGCAUGUCGGAUCCGUCGAAUCGCAUAUUCGAUGUUCGAGAUUGGAUCAAACGAUACAAACUAAGCCCGAAAGGCCUUGCGUUUUAUCGAUGUGAAUACAACGAAACGGUUUCUGAGAUCUACAAAGCCUGGAACAUGCUCGAGCCAAAGGUCAAUUUCAAAGACUACCAACUGAGACGGCCUAUUGUCAAAAGACAGUAUCAAUACAUGUGAUAGUCCAUUUUCCGCACGGAUAGAAAUUUAAUUGUAUCUAUACAAAAAUAAAUUUCAAUUUUUUUUUGGGCCACC